AGGGGUUGGAGGGACUGAGCGGAGCAGCUAGUCCAGCGGCAGUGGCCGGAGCUCCAGUCUGCCGAGUUGAACAGCGGGUUUCAGCAAAGGUCUUGGUGGAUGACCCGAGGCACUUGCAGAGCUGGCGGGUGCGGGUAAUGGAGACCAAAAACAUGUGGUACCUUGUGAGGAUGUCAAACAUGGAGAAAUUUUUGGUACACAGCAUCCUCCUGUCUGGGAGCCAGCUAGUAGGUUGCAACCAGAGCCACGCCCCUCCCUGCGACCAACUCCGCAUUGUGUCACUUCCGGCCCUUGGCUGGGUGCAUCCGGGUCAGACUGCGCCUGUAGCUCUCGGAGUGCGGUGGAGGUUUCGCGCUGUCCGCUUUCUCCCUUCCCUGUGUGACCAAGCCGCAGUGUCCACCGGGGAGAAGUGACCCACUCUGCCCAGGAGAGAGAAAGACGAGGAGACCUAGGAUCGUCGGACGCCGGGCUGGGCCGCUGUGGUACGGGCUGGAGACUUUGCUCCUACGCUUGCUGCUGUCUCUGUGAACCGGGUGCCAGCACUGAGGAGUCUUCAGGGGACAGUAACUCCCUUCCCCGGCUGCCCUGCCCGCCCUGCUGGGGAGGGCGGAAGAUGCCGGUGAAGAAGAAGAGAAAAUCCUCUGGGGUGGCAUCAGCAGUGGCGGAAGACGGAGGCCUCAAAAAGUGUAAAAUCUCCAGCUAUUGCAGAUCCCAACCCCCUGCUAGACUAAUAAGUGGAGAGGAACAUUUUUCAAGCAAGAAGUGCCUGGCUUGGUUUUAUGAGUAUGCAGGUCCUGAUGAAGUUGUAGGGCCAGAAGGAAUGGAAAAAUUUUGUGAAGACAUUGGUGUUGAACCUGAAAAUAUUAUUAUGUUAGUUUUAGCGUGGAAAUUGGAGGCUGAAAGCAUGGGAUUUUUUACCAAGGAAGAAUGGUUAAAGGGAAUGACUUCAUUACAGUGUGACUGCACAGAAAAGUUACAGAACAAAUUUGACUUUUUGCGUUCACAUUUGAAUGAUAUUUCUUCGUUUAAGAAUAUCUACAGAUAUGCCUUUGAUUUUGCAAGGGAUAAAGAUCAGAGAAGCCUUGAUAUUGAUACUGCUAAAUCUAUGUUAGCUCUUCUGCUUGGGAGGACAUGGCCACUGUUUUCAGUAUUUUACCAGUACCUGGAGCAAUCAAAGUAUCGUGUAAUGAACAAAGAUCAGUGGUACAAUGUAUUAGAAUUCAGCAGAACAGUCCAUGCCGAUCUUAGUAACUAUGAUGAAGACGGUGCUUGGCCUGUUCUUCUCGAUGAAUUUGUUGAAUGGCAAAAAGUCCGUCAAACAUCAUAGCAAGAACUAUUGUGAAGAAAACGCAAACUUUUUGAUUCCUAUGUGUAUACAAGUUAGAUGAGAAAAAAAAAUCCAAAGGGUGCAUUUUUAUUCAUAUGAAAGACUUCUCAUAGUACUUUCUUUUCUCCAUUUUUUUUAAAGGAAGUUUUCUUGUUACAUGUGAUGGGGCUUGUGCCACACUUCUUCUGAGACUGAAUAUUCAGUUUUUGUUUUGAGUUAUGUUUAUUACAUUUAUUUCAGAACAAUAAAGAUUCCGAUUUGUGAUAAAGGC